GCGUAAUGUCGAAGGUCACGUAGACAGCGCGUCCCGCCCCGCACGCCUAAGUUCUCGCGCGAAUUGCACUUCCGCCCUUUUGGCUCUCUGAACUGCACCAUGGCGGUCGGCAAGAACAAGCGCCUUACGAAAGGAGGCAAAAAGGGAGCCAAGAAGAAAGUGGUUGACCCAUUUUCUAAAAAAGAUUGGUAUGAUGUGAAAGCACCAGCUAUGUUCAAUAUAAGGAAUAUUGGGAAAACAUUGGUCACGAGAACUCAGGGAACCAAAAUCGCGUCUGAUGGCCUCAAAGGUCGUGUUUUUGAAGUGAGUCUUGCUGAUCUGCAGAAUGAUGAAGUAGCAUUUAGAAAAUUCAAGCUAAUUACUGAGGAUGUUCAGGGCAAAAACUGCCUGACUAAUUUUCAUGGUAUGGAUCUUACCCGUGACAAAAUGUGCUCCAUGGUCAAAAAAUGGCAGACCAUGAUUGAAGCUCACGUUGAUGUCAAGACUACCGAUGGUUACUUGCUUCGUCUGUUCUGUGUGGGUUUUACUAAAAAGCGCAACAAUCAGAUCCGGAAGACCUCUUACGCCCAGCACCAGCAGGUGCGCCAGAUCCGUAAGAAGAUGAUGGAGAUCAUGACCCGAGAGGUGCAGACAAACGACUUGAAAGAGGUGGUCAAUAAAUUGAUUCCAGAUAGCAUUGGAAAAGACAUAGAAAAGGCUUGCCAAUCUAUUUAUCCGCUCCAUGAUGUCUUCGUUAGAAAAGUAAAAAUGCUGAAGAAGCCUAAAUUUGAAUUGGGAAAACUCAUGGAGCUACAUGGUGAAGGUAGUAGUUCUGGAAAAGCUACUGGGGACGAGACAGGUGCUAAAGUUGAACGAGCUGAUGGAUACGAACCACCAGUCCAAGAAUCGGUUUAAAAUGCAGACUCUUAAUGGUGACAAAUAAAAGAUCUUAUUUGUGGUA